UAUCAGAUACUACCACGAGCAGCAAAAUUAUUGUUCGCAGUUCCUACAUCGUCCGCUCAUAUCGAGAGAGAUUUUUGCGUCGCUGGUAGUAUGGUGACCCCACAACGCACGCGGAUCACUCAGCACAAUGUCGACAUGGGCAUCUUCCUAAACCGCAACCGGACCUUUGUUGAUCUUACUCAAUGCGAGGAAAUUCCCAGCGAGGAACUAGCAUCUCAUGUCCCCUCAAGCAUGUCCUACCCGAUUGAGUGUGUGCCCGAUGGAUUCGGAGACGACGUGCUGGCGGAGAUGAUGUCUAGCACAAGUCUGUCAGAACUGUUUGACUUCAAUGAUGUUUCGUCGUAG